CGGGUGGAGGCAGGUUCUUAAUGAGGCGGAUACAAUUCUCAGGAAAAAGUUUGUUUCAGCUGCGAUACAACAAUGAGCGAGACCCGCAUCGUGGUCCUGGGGAAAACUGGAGUGGGGAAGAGCAGCUUGGCCAACACUAUCUUUGGGGAGAAAGUGUUUGAGGCGCGCUCCUCUGCCAACUCUGUCUCCGCCUGCUGCGAGUCCAUCACUAAAGAGGUGAACGGGCACCUCCUGAAGUGGAUCGACACGCCCGGACUGUUCGACACGGGGCGCGAGAAGGAGAUGAAGUCCGAGAUCUUAAAGUGCCUCACUGAGUGCCACCCGGGACCCCACGUGUUCCUCAUUGUGCUCAAGGUCGACCGACACACGUCCCAAGAGCAGGCCGUUAUAAACAAACUCCAGGAAUACUUCUCCAAGGGCGCGCUGGAGUACGCCAUUUUGCUGUUCACCGGCGGAGACCAACUGGACGAGGGAACGACCAUCCAGGAAUUUGUGUAUGAGAAUGAGGGUUUGAGGCAGCUUCUGGAGAAAUGUGGCAACCGUGUCCAUGUGGUAGACAACAAAUACUGGGGAGAGAACAAGGACGUUUACAGGAGCAACCGGUACCAAGUGUCUGAGCUGUUCCGAACCAUAGAGCAAAUGAAGAUCGCCAAUGGUGGACGGUUCUACACCAACAACUUCCUGCAGCUCAGCAUGGAGGAGAUUAUGCUGAAGACUUACAGCUGCACAGCGGGAGCACUGCUGUUGGCUUUUCUUGGCAAAGCAGUCCUGGAUUCAGCCACUUAGCGUAGUUUUAGCUGAGCAAUCACACCUAUACCAAUCUUAUCUUUCUCUGGUUAUUGCGGCGUUUCAGAUGGCAUCGCAACAUUCUAUAGCAGUUCAAAUUAAAGCCGCAAGCAGCGAUAAAGACACGCACAGCCCUCUAUCCUCCUGCAACUGCCAU